ACUCUUUCUAUAAAUACUUAUAAGCUUCUUUGUAAUCUCACUUCAUAUCAUAUAGUACUUGAAUCCUCCACAUACGAUGGCAUUCUCUAGAAGCUUCAUUGUUUCAUCACUUCUCCUCUCACUUGUUCUUUUUCAUAUGGUUGAAGCACACCAACUUAUGAGCAACUUUGGAGCUACAUCACCAUCCCCUCUUCCCCAAACUAUAGAUUGUGGGGAUGCUUGUAAGGGAAGGUGUCUAUUAUCAUCAAGACCAAAUUUGUGCAAGAGAGCUUGUGGUAGUUGUUGUGCUGUGUGCAAGUGUGUCCCUCCUGGCACUGCUGGAAACUUUGAUUCAUGUGAAUGUUAUGCUAAACUCACCACCCGCAAUCAAGUUCGAAAGUGUCCUUGAUUUAAGUAUAUGGGAAAAACUUGAGAAAAUUUUCGAUGGAGAGAAUUCAAAUCCUGAUACAAAAUUUAUGUGGAUCUUAUCGUUAUGAAAUAUUUAUAUACAAACAUAUAAAUAUAUACAUACCGCAUAAAUUUGAGUCAAUAAUAAGGAGAAUAUUGAAAGGGAAUGUUGAAAAAAAUUGUCAUGCUUUUGUGCAAAAAAUUAAUAAAUUAUUCUAUUAAUGCUUUUUCGAAAUUGAUGUACUUGGCUCGAUUAUUAAUAAGU